UUUGCCGUGCCAAUUGAUGAUUUGAAAAUAGGUAUUGAUAAUUAGUGUCCUCUCAGAUGUUAGCCUAUGUCAAGACACCGAUUCUAAACGACGCCCUCUUCAUAGAUUAGAACGGAGUUUGAUCAAGAUUCAUUAUAAUGCCACAUUUUCACUCACUUUCGCUCCUAUCCUGGUUUGCUCCUAACUAUGCCCAGAACAAGAGCGCAAGAGACUUUCCUUCUUGGUCCUUUCACCGUACCUCGGGUGUGGGUAGGUCUCUGGCAGCUGUCAAGUAACGCUUGGGGAAGUGCCUCGGCAGCAAAGAUUCGUCAAGCAAUGGCCAGGCACGUCGAAAUGGGUUAUAAUGCCUUCGAUAUGGCCGAUCAUUAUGGAAGCGCAGAAAUACUCUACGGGCAAUUCAAAGAAUCAUUACCCAGUCCGGCAGACGUUGUCGGGGCUACAAAGUGGUGUGUAUUCCGGCAAACAGAACCGUCGCGUUUUGUGGUGGAGAACGCGAUCCGUGAGCGCAUGACACGCAUGCGCACAACCACUAUAGAUUUACUGCAAUUUCACUGGCAAGAUUACUCCGACAAAGGAUAUCUCACCGCCCUCCAAAUUCUUCAAGACUUUCAGAAUGAAGGGCUUAUCAGCGCGGUCGGCCUGUGCAAUUUUGAUGCCAUACGAACAGAUGAAAUAUGUACACAAUUGGGGCCUAAUUUCAUCGUUUCAAAUCAAGUUCAGUUUUCCCUAAUUGACACUCGACCCCUGCACGGGAUGGCCGAUGUAUGUGAACGACACAAUGUGAAAUUAUUGACAUAUGGCACACUUUGCGGUGGAUUUUUAGCAGACCAGUGGUUGAACCAGCCAGAACCAGACCUCUAUUCCGGUGCUUUGACGCCAUCUCAGCGCAAGUAUCUUGACAUGAUUUUGAAGGCCUGGGGCGACUGGGCAAUUUUCCAGUCCCUCUUGGCAGUGCUGCGUGAUAUCGGAGAUCGUCAUGGGGGGCUAAGCAUUGCAAACAUAGCCACACGAUGGGUUCUUGAUCACUCUUUUGUCGGAGCUGUAAUCAUUGGCGCCCGUUUGGGAGUUUCUGAACACACCAGUGACAACGACCGUGCUUUUGGUUUCAGGUUAAAUGAGGAGGAUAAUCGUGCCAUUGAAGCAGUGCAAGCUCAGUCUAAUGGUCGCCGGAUGAUCACCACGAUAGGGGACUGUGGGGCCGAAUACCGUUGACAUGGCUGUACUCUCUACUUGAUGCCUAUCAUUUUUAUGUAUAGCCAUUCAUCUUAAAUUAUGUGGUGUAUCUUUGAUGAGAACUUGAAAAUUAGAUCUGCGUGCACAUCUUCGACUAGAUAGGAUUAAAUCAUUAACGUGCCAUAGGGACCGUCUUGAAUUCUCAGAAUAAGGAGGAUCGGCACGGUUGGGUAGUCCGAAA